GAUUUUUACAAUUUUGCAGGAGCUGGGAUGAAGCCCUCCUUCGCUUUCCUGCUCCUGACGUUAGGAGCUGUGAUGAACGUCCAACCGGCGCAAGAAAAAGCGUCCCUGCUCUACCCCUACGGUCUGGACCAGCAUGACAAUAAGAACCCCAAACUUGACGAUGGGACAUCGAAGAAGCUCUCCCUCGCCAUGCCCUUCACCUUCUACGGCAAAAAGUACCAAACCCUUUACGUGAACAACAACGGUGUGAUUUCUUUUGACACCCGGGUCAGCCAAUACACCCCCGACCCCUUCCCCCUGGCUGACGGACGCCCCUUUGUGGCCCCGUACUGGGGGGACGUGGACAACGUGCUGGGAGGGGAUGUCUUCUACCGAGAGAGCACUGACCCGACCCUGCUGACAAGCAUCACCAAGAACAUCAACCAAUACUUUCCCAAGAUCCCCUUCACCGCCACGUGGGCUUUCGUGGCCACCUGGGACCACGUGGCCUACUACGGCUCUACCACCAAUAAGGGGAACACCUUCCAAGCCAUCCUGACCACCGACACCAACACGUCCUUCAUCAUCCUCAACUAUUGGGAUAUCCAGUGGACUACGGGGGCGGCAAGCGACGGUGACCCCGAAACAGGUCUUGGAGGCACCCCGGCCCACGCCGGCUUCAACAGCGGAGAUGAAACCCACUUCUACAACAUUCCCGGCUCCCAGACCGAAGCCAUCAUCAACAUCACCGAGACCUCCAACGUCAACGUCCCGGGGCGUUGGGUCUUCCAAGUGGAUGACUUUAAGGUGACGGGGGUCCCCACCGAGGUGCCCAAAGUCGCCGACAGCAACAACUGCUGGUU